GACAAAAUUUUAUAAUAAUAGAAAAGUCUAUUUUGAGGUUGUUUUAAUGUUAUUGUCGCAAAAUUUUUAAGUUGUGCUUUAGCGAAUUGAACAGUAUGUGCUACGAUAUGAAUGUUGUUUGUAGUUUAAAGGAAUUUAAAAAUGGAAGAAUACCUGUAAUGCCACAGUAACAAGUUUCGUGAUGGAUAACGUAACUGAAAAACUAUUGGAAUGUUUUGGUCACAGAAAAUUCAAAAGUGAACUUCAAGAGCGAGCUGUUCGAGCGAUUGCUAGAGGUGUCCAUGAUGUUUAUGUUUCAAUGCCAACGGGCUCUGGGAAGUCUCUGUGCUUCCAGUUGCCAGCAAUGCUGCAAGAUAAUAAAGUGGCUAUUGUAUUCUCACCAUUACUGGCACUCAUCAAAGAUCAGAUUGAUCACUUGACAAAAUUUAAAAUACAGGCUGAAUCAAUAAACUCUAAAAUGAGCACAAAAGAUAGGGAGAGGGUUAUCAAUGAUCUUAGAAGCAUGAGACCUAAUACUAGAUUUUUGUAUGUGACCCCUGAACAAGCUGCUACAGGCACAUUUAAAAGCCUAAUGGAACAUCUAGUCAAGUAUAAAAAAGUUUCUUAUGUAGUUGUUGAUGAGGCUCACUGUGUCAGUGAGUGGGGGCAUGAUUUCCGACCUGAUUAUUUAAAAUUGGGUGAUCUAAGAGAAUUGUACAGAAGUAUACCAUGGGUAGCUCUCACUGCAACUGCUAGUGCCGAGGUUGCAAAAGAUAUCCUCUCCAAUCUAAAACUACUGCAACCUGUUGCACAAUAUAAGACACCAAGUUUCCGAAAAAAUUUGUAUUAUGAUGUCAUAUAUCAAAAUUGCAUUGAAGAUGAAAUUGGUGACUUAUGUGAGUUUUUAAAGAAAAGUUUAAAGGAGGAUGAGAAUGUUAAGCCAAAAGACAAAAGUGCAGUAAUAGUCUACUGUAGAACUCGUGAACAAACUGAGGAAUUAGCUCAUAUGUUGAACAAAAGGGGUCUAAACUCACUGGCAUAUCAUGGAGGUUUAAAGGCAUCAGAACGCAUAUCAGUACAAGAGCGGUGGUCCGGAGGUGAAUGCCCGUGCGUGUGCGCGACGCUUUCGUUCGGUAUGGGUGUGGACAAGGCUACAGUGCGCGCAGUUGCUCACUGGGGUCUCGCGCAAAAUGUCGCUGCUUACUAUCAGGAAUCGGGUCGUGCUGGCCGCGAUGGUAAACCAGCAUUUUGUCGUAUUUAUUAUUGUGGAAAGGAACGAAAUGCAGUCGACUUCCUUCUCAAAGCGGAGAUGGCGCGCGCUCGCACUCCUGAACAAAAACAACGCUGCAAAAAUGCAUACAAGAGCUUCGAACUGAUGGUCAAAUACUGCGAGGAAGUAAAAUGUCGUCACAAGAGGUUCGCGGACUACUUCGGUGAGGAGGGUCCGCGGUGCGGGGGCCGCUGCGACGUGUGCCACGACGAGCGCGCCGUGCGUCGCGCGCUCGACCAGCACCAGCGUCGCGCCAUGAGCGCCAGUCUGCAGCGCGGCGGCUUCAUUGCACACGAUGCGCACGACGCACAGGACGCACAAGAUCUCUACGGAAAUGGACGGAUGGGCCUCAGGGACAUGGCGUCGUACUACGACGGCGGAGAGAGCGACGGCUCUGACGGGGAGAGUCGACGCGUGGGGGAGGAGACAAAGUCGCUCAUACUCAAAGAGUUUGCGGAGAGGAAGAAGCGCAUCACUGAUGUUGACAGGCAGGCGAGCGACGCCGUCAGCGCUGUCAACUCUAAAUGCAGGGCCGCUGAGAAUACCGCCACAAAAGUAAACGGUCUAACGGUAGAGAGUCGAGACAGCUAUCUUUCAUUCUUGAUAGAAGCUCUAAACACUAACUUGGCCAGCAUGAAAGAUGUCGAUGAACCAGAGAAGCCUUUGAAACGUAAAGACGUGGAGCAGUGCGCCAUAGACCUGGAGUACGAGGCCUUCUCUAAUAGCACAGUAAUAAGCCUCUAUAGGAGGGCCAUGAUCAAAUUGAUUUCAUCUGUGAAAGCUUGUACCGAGCACUUAUUUCCGAGGUUAAAGAAAUUCGAACCUCGCAUGGGGGAGACCCUCGGCGAUUUCGUUCGAGACUUCGAAGCGAAGAAACAAAACCAAUACGGAUUUAUAACUGCUAGUCAGCUGGAAAGUGCAAAUAUGGGUGAAAAAAGCGAUGCGAGACUUUUAUCUAAAGCUGACAAAGAAAGUAAAAGGAAAGCUAAUUCAUUUAAAAAAGAUCCAUUAACCCAAACCAAACUACAAAACUUUUUCACACAAAUACCUUCAAACGUGUCGACCCCAGCUUCCGAUGAAAGUGAAGAUGAAAAUACUCUGAUAAUAGACGAAACCCCUAAAAGUAACCACAAUGAUACAACCAUAAAGGUAGAAGAAACGAAUAAAGAAGCAACUAUUGAUGAUAAUUGUACAGAACCUGACGACAUUAAAUGUGAAAAAGAUAAAUUAACAAAAAGUUUGUCGAAAACUUUUGUCAUAAAUAUAACUUUAGAAGGUGUGUCAAGUAAAAGUUCCUCAAAAGAAUCCAGCGGUAAUCAAAAUGAUAAGAAGAAAGAUAUUAAAAAUGAGAACAAAGAUGUUGUCAAGGAAUCAAAAUCACCAAGUAAAAUAAAACCUACCGCAAAACGAAAAAUAAAAGCUUUAUUUGGAGAGUCUUCUGACAGUGAAGUGGAAGAGAAAAGAAAUGAUAAACACAAUACAAAAGUAAAACAUAAACAUCACAAAUCUUCUAAGGAGAAAAAGCGUAAGCUAAGUGAGUCAUCACUAGAUAAAGUUAUCAAAACAGAAAAGAAAACUGAAGAUAAUCUAAAGAAAUCUUUAAAAGAUUGUGAUGUAUAUGGAGACUUAUCUAAUAGUGAUUCUGAGAAGGAGCUAGUUAUUGAUGAACAUAUGGAAUCUCAAGAUAAUAGUAAUGAAGUGACAAAUUCUAUUCAUAAUAGUUUUAAUAAAAAGAAACUUUCGCCACAAACUGAAUCUGAUAACAGAACAAGUAAUGAUGAUUCCGUUAACACUAGUACCGGAGAUGGUGGAGAAAGUGACGUCAAGUCAGACAGAGAACAGAUUAUUUCGGAUCCUCAAUCAGCUAAUACAGACGACACAAAUCUUUUCAAAGCACACAAACUAAGUAUUGAAGCUGACAAAGUAUUAAUGGAACUAAAACAAUUUUCUGAAAUGCCACCCGAACCAGCACCAAUAGUAAACAUUGUUCCCGAAGUUAUACCAAUUAAAGUGAAUGAACCUAAAUCACCAAUAAGUAAAGAUAAAUUAAAGGAUAAACAUAAAGACAAGCAUAGACACAAACAUAAAUCAAGUUCCAACAAAGAAAUUAAAGAAAAACAAGCAGAGAAACCAAAACAAGAAGAGAUUAAGAAGGAAAAAGAGAAAAAAGAUAGCGAAAAACAAACAAAUAAAUUAUCAACACAUGUCAAAGAACCUAAGAAAUCAGAAAAAGUAGAUGUAGCUGGUUUGGUUGUUAAAUUACUUAUGCCUUAUUAUAAGAAAAAGAAAAUCAGUACUCGAGACUUGUUUAAGAUCACAGCAAGGCACAUAGUGCAUCAGUUGUUAGCUAUACAAGUCACAGAGGAAGCAGCGAUCAAUGUCUUAUUAAAGAAGACUUUCUCAAAGGAAGUCAAAAUUGAAAAAGAAAGUGACUUACCAGUGCAGAUAGAUCUAAGUAAAAUAUUGUAAGAUGUUGUUGGAUAAGAAUUUAUUUUUACUAUUGCCUAUUUAUUUACUAAGUGUAUUUUGACUCUAAUGUUGUAAUUAAUAUGGUGUACUUUAAUCAUA